UAAAUGAACUUUAUUUCCCCAUAUAAGAUAUAUACAUAAACAUAGCCAAUUUUUGUAUUAAAAUAGGGAUGCAACUGCUGACGAUGUGGGCCAUGAGAUUUGCUCACCUUAUAAAGUAAAAAGAGAGUUAGGCAACCCAUUCUUUUUUCAUUCUUUUACACUUCAAAAAAACCCAGAAUAAAAAAAAAAUAUGGGAAGAUCUCCUUGCUGUGAUAAACUUGGUCUAAAGAAAGGACCAUGGACUCCUGAAGAAGAUCAAAAGCUUCUUGCUUACAUUGAAGAACAUGGUCAUGGCAAUUGGCGCGCCUUACCGACGAAAGCCGGCCUUCAAAGAUGUGGCAAGAGCUGUAGACUUAGAUGGACUAACUAUCUUCGCCCUGAUAUUAAGCGUGGAAAAUUCAGCUUACAAGAAGAACAAACAAUCAUUCAACUUCAUGCUCUUUUAGGCAACAGGUGGUCAGCCAUUGCAACACAUUUACCAAAGAGGACAGACAACGAGAUAAAGAAUUACUGGAAUACCCAUCUGAAGAAGAGGUUAGCUAAGAUGGGGAUAGACCCAGUGACCCACAAGCCUAAGAAUGAUGCACUGCUGCCUGCCGCCGAGGGCGGCGGGCAGCAGUCGAAGAAUGCGGCCAAUUUGAGCCACAUCGCUCAGUGGGAGAGUGCUCGGUUAGAGGCCGAGGCUCGCCUUGCCCGGCAAUCCAAGCUCCGUGGUACUAGCAGUACAAGUAAUAGUAAUAAUAAUAAUUCAUCAUUUUUGUCACCAAUGUCACCAGACAUUCACAUUAAUGAUCAUCACCAAAUUGUACCCUCCGUCUCAACGAUGGGUCCGUUGUCGUCGUCGACGUCAUCAUCAGCUGCUGCUCAUCAUCAGUAUCUUAGUAUGACUGCUACUGCGGCUACUACUGCUACAACUACCACUCCGAGGUGUCUUGAUGUUCUUAAGGCCUGGCAUAAUGUGUGGCCUAACAACCAUACUAAUACUAAUACUAGUACUACUAAUAAUAAUAGUAAUAGUGAUCAUUUUAUAUGCAUUGGAAUGGGAUCAUCAUCCGGGAUCGGAGGCGGAAUAGGUGUUGGAAUCGAGUCACCAACGUCAACCUUAAGCUUCUCAGAGAACGCCCCAGCCGCGGUCUCUACAAUGGGGACCGGGGCCGGGGCCGUGAUAGAAUUCAUGGGGCACAACAACAGCGAUCAUCAUCACCACCAUCAUAGUCAUCAUCAAGACAUGGUGAAAAACGAAGAUCAUCAUCAUCAAUGGAAGCGAAGUGGUGGCGGCGACGGGUUUGAUAAUGGGAUAGAGAUGAAUUCUUUGUCAUUCCACGACAUGAACACCCUCUCAAUCCAUCAAAGCCACGACCACGAUAACGACCACGACAACGACAACAACAACGACGACCAAGAUGAUCAUAACGAUCACGGUGAGGGUUUCAUAGAAGGGUUUACGGAACUAUUGCUUAGUACUAAUAAUAAUACCAGUGAUACUACCACUACAAAAACAACAACAAAUAUUUGUGGUUCGAAAAGUCCAACAAAACAAGGAGAAGAAAACAACAACAAUAAUAACAAUAAUGAUAAUAGUAGUGGUAGUACUACUAGAAGCGGUGGGAGUGAUUACUAUGAAGAUAACAAGACUUAUUGGAAUAGUAUUCUCAACUUAGUCAAUUCUUCUCCUCCUAAUUCUCCGAUGUUCUAAUCUUGCAUGCAUUAUCAUUUUCUUAAUAAAUUUUAGAUUCUCUCUUUUGUAUAAGCUCAUCCAUCAAAACUUUUUUUUUUUUUUUUAAUCUUUUAAAGUGUUAUUUAUGUUGUAUUAAUUUGGCUUAAAAUUCAAGCCAUUAGCAUGUAGUUGCUUUCAUUAUUAUUGCCUAUAUUUGAUUAAUUAAUAAGAAAUUUUAGCUGACACCUUUUGACUUAAAGCUUUUGUACAUUCGCUUUGAAAUUUAACUUGAGUCUCAUAUACAACAAUCGAUCGAUCUAAAGCUGCACAAAUAAUUUGUUAGCUUGAUCAGUCCAUUUGAUUUCCUAUUGGUUCAAAUCAAUGUAUCGUACCUGUUGUAAAUAUAUCGUUUCAUAUACUUCUUACUAUCUUAGAUUAAGCAUUUCUAAAUUAUAAUC